AUGCAGCCGACUGGCUCCUCCGCCCUCUCCAGACAUGUUAAGCUCUGGUUCCUGACCUUAGCCGUCCUUGUGGUCCUGGCUCAGACUUCCUCAGAUGGAUGGCUCAGAAAGUGCUUCUUUGGAAUGGGCAAAUGCAGACGUGUAUGUGGGGUAGAUGAGAAGAAGAAAGAGCGGUGUGGGAAAAACACUUUUUGCUGUCUCCUAGUAUCAAGGUCAAAAUUAUCCCACAUCCCACCCAGAAAAAAGAAUGCUGUCGCAGCUCAGCACGUGUUCAGGCACCAACGCAUGGUUCCUGGUGGCUGGGGAAGGUGUUGCGCUGGUGAUGACGCGCUGGUGCUGUCGUGCUUUGCUAUUGACAGGUUCCUGGGGCUGACGGCGGAACUGCCUGAUUACUAA